UAUUGAGUCAGGACAAUGAAAUCUUUUUCAUCUGAGUGGUUUGGAGAGAUGGUUGACUCAGCUGUAAAAAGAGUUGUCGGUGAAUCUGAACAAGUGUUGCCAUGUUGCGGAGAAGAACAACCUACUCCUCUGCAGCCUCUCAUUUUUAACUCGGACACCCAUCAUCCUAUGAAUGAGAACCAUUCUGAGUCUGAUUUGAAUUUUGAUAAUUUGGAUUUUAAUGAGAUAUUUGGUGAUGAAGAUAAUGCAAACGAUCAACAAUGCAGUGAUCAUAACUUGGAGAAGGUUACCAAAAGAAUGAGAAAGCUCCCUGCAAUUUUCAAGUCCCCGUAUUUAAUUCAAUAUUCACAUCUUGUAGACGAGGAGGAGGACGAUAAAAUUUGCAUACUUGAAUAUGCUCUUUCAGCUAAACUUCCUAAAGACGAAGAAUUAUACGAUGAUGGAAGCACUUUUUUAAAUAGAGAGUAUUGUUUAUCCCUUGGGUCUGAUGGACAUAUCUUUGGUGAACUUAUUGAUGCAUGGUGUCACAUACUCAACUCGAGGAAUAAAUUGAAUAGAAAAGAGAAAAGGAUAUUCUUUCCUAAUGCAGCAUUUAAUUUGUUGUGCAUGAAUGAUUAUUAUGGUGAGUGUACUCAAAAAGAUACCAUUGAGUUUAGACAAUCAAAAUUCUUUGAGACACUUGAUUUCACCAUGUAUGAGAACAAAAUUGAUACCAUCAAAGGAUUUAAUCUUGUAUUCUUCAUUGUUCACGCUUGGAGUCACUUUUACGUUAUGUGCAUUAAUAUGAAAGCCAAAACUUUGGACAUCUUGGAUAAUAGAAUACUUGAGGAUGGGAUACCCCUUGAAAGCAAGUAUCGUGAUUAUCCUCGGAAAGUGCUGGAAGCAUUUUCAUUGUUCCUCCACCGUGCGGAAUACAAGUGUUAUAGGCAUGUAGCUAAAUUCAAGAUAAGGUUAAUAGAAAUGCCUUGGAGAUCCAACAUGAACACUGUUGAUUGUGGUGUAUAUGCAAUGAGACAUAUGGAAACCUACCAUGCACAAAACAACUGGGAUUGUGGACUAUACUCAGAUAAUUUUGAAGGUUUGAAGAAGCUAAGGAUACAAUACUGCAUUGAUUUACUCACCGACAAUGCUAAUGAUAAAAGGGUCGAGCUCCAGGUCUUAGCAAGAAAGUUUAAGAAGCUUGAAAACAAUGAAUAAAUUUAAAGAUUCGUGUGCAUGUGGUGCACAUAAUAGCUUUAGUUAAUUAAUUUUAAAUGGUAUUCUCGUCUAAUUAUGUUCAUUUUUUAAUAAUAUUGACAUUUGAUCCUGUGUUCUUUUAUAAAUACCUUGAUUUUCUUUGUAAUAUACUUUUAUGUUUUAUAUAGUAUACUUUCAUGUUCUUUGCAA